CCUACAGCGUUGCCACACUCCUGAUUUCUUAAAACAUCGAUAGUAUCGCACAGACAUCAGUCAUAGUUGCAUCUCUAUCUCUGACAAAUUCUGCAAAUCGUCAUGGCCAACACUCCAGCAACCUCCAGCGCAGGACCCGUGCUCCGUGGCCUCCACAACGCCACCAUCAAGAGGAAUCUGGCCAUUUCCCUGGGUCUGACCGCCAUUAUCACCGUUGCCUACAAGAUUCUGGUCAACGAUCCCAAGAAGGCCGCCUACGCCGACUUCUACUCGAAGUACGAUGCUAACAAGUCCUUCGAGCGCAUGAAGGCCGCCGGUCGUUUCCAGUCCUGCUAAAUGCCCCAAAAACACAUGUAGCCUAAGUCAAAAGAUGUUGUAGAACAAGUGUUACGCUUCUGUAUUGAAAACUAAAUAGAUUUCAGUCUACGUAUGUG